GCUGUUCGCCCUCGUCAUCAUCUGUACACACGGCGGCGACAGGCGCUCCGGAAUCGGCAGGGACGGGUCUCCCACCGCUAUUCUCCCUCUGUGCGAAGAAACCACAGACAGAGGGGGGGAAACAAAAGGAAAUUCCUUCACAAAACUCCCAGUGAUAACUCCGAUGGAUUAAUCUGAUUUUCUGCGACAGUAGAGAAUGGGCUGUGUCCAAUGUAAGGAUAAAGAAGCAGCGAAACUCACUGAUGACCGAGAGACCAGCCUUUCACACAACUCGGGCUACCGCUAUGGCUCCGACCCCACGCCGCAGCACUACCCCAGCUUCGGGGUCACCACCAUCCCCAACUACAACAACUUCCCCACCGCGGCCACACAGGGAGUGACGGUGUUCGGAGGCGUCCACACGUCCUCGCAGUCUGGCACGCUUCGGUCUCGGGGAGGAACGGGGGUGACUCUGUUUGUGGCUCUGUAUGACUACGAAGCCCGGACCGAGGAUGACCUCAGCUUCAGGAAGGGGGAGAGGUUCCAGAUCCUCAACAGCACUGAAGGAGACUGGUGGGAGGCGCGCUCCCUUACUACAGGUGGAACUGGAUACAUCCCCAGCAAUUACGUCGCUCCUGUGGACUCCAUCCAAGCCGAGGACUGGUAUUUUGGUAAAUUGGGUCGAAAGGAUGCAGAGAGGCAGCUGCUUUCCAGCGGCAACGCCAGAGGCACUUUCCUCAUCCGUGAGAGCGAAACGACCAAAGGGGCUUAUUCUCUGUCCAUCCAAGACUGGGACGACAUCAAAGGAGAUCACGUCAAACACUACAAGAUCCGCAAACUGGACAAUGGAGGGUACUACAUCACCACAAGGGCCCAGUUCGAGACGCUCCAACAGCUUGUUCAGCACUACUCGGCCAGGGCAGCAGGGCUGUGCUGCCGCCUGAUCGCGCCCUGCCACAAAGGCAUGCCUCGCCUGACCGACCUGUCCGUCAAAACCAAAGACGUGUGGGAGAUACCGCGGGAGUCGCUGCAGCUCAUUAAGCGCCUAGGCAACGGGCAGUUUGGAGAAGUCUGGAUGGGCACAUGGAACGGCACCACCAAGGUGGCGGUGAAGACUCUGAAGCCCGGCACCAUGUCGCCUGAAUCCUUUCUGGAGGAGGCGCAGAUCAUGAAGAAGCUUCGGCACGACAAACUGGUGCAGCUUUACGCCGUGGUGUCCGAAGAGCCCAUCUACAUAGUCACGGAGUACAUGAGCAAAGGGAGUCUGCUGGAUUUCCUGAAAGACGGAGAGGGGCGGGGACUCAAACUGCCAAACCUGGUGGACAUGGCAGCUCAGGUGGCAGCAGGAAUGGCGUACAUAGAGCGGAUGAACUACAUCCACAGGGACCUCCGUUCUGCAAACAUCCUCGUAGGAGAUGGCCUCGUGUGCAAGAUCGCCGACUUUGGUCUGGCUAGGCUCAUUGAGGACAACGAAUACACAGCAAGACAAGGUGCAAAGUUUCCCAUAAAGUGGACUGCGCCUGAAGCGGCUCUCUAUGGAAAAUUCACCAUCAAAUCGGACGUGUGGUCGUUUGGCAUCCUGCUGACAGAGCUGGUUACCAAGGGCAGAGUGCCCUAUCCAGGCAUGAAUAACCGAGAGGUGCUGGAGCAGGUGGAGCGUGGUUACCGGAUGCCCUGCCCACAGGACUGCCCCACGUCCCUGCACGAGCUGAUGGUGCAGUGCUGGAAGAAGGACCCGGAGGAGAGGCCCACCUUCGAGUACCUGCAAGCAUUUUUGGAGGACUACUUCACUGCCACUGAGCCUCAAUACCAGCCAGGGGAUAAUCUCUGAGCACAGCUGUUCCUGUCCCAUGCCAUUUCACUGACUUCCCACCAGAGGGCGCCAGAUACCUUUUUUCUGUCAUGAAUAAAACAUUUUUUCAACAUUAAAACUUCAAAAAGUGGGAAGAUGGACAGCAGACGAUCAGAUCAAAAGAGGUGGAGCAGAGAUGAAAAUGACUGUAGUAGACGAGAGAUAAUGUGUAACUUGUAUGAAAUGUAAAUACAAAUGCUUGUUUACUUAUCCCUGUUUCGUUUCCUUUUAUCUUACUUUUAUAAUUUAGAAUCUUUUUUUUUCUAACCCAAGUUAAUAUGAACAGAGCCGGUUUAAAAAAAGAAAAACUGUUUGCGUGGACCGAAUGAUAUGAAAUAUUUGUUUUUUGGGGGCGUCAUUUACUUUUUUAUACAAAUUUCUCCUCUUCUCAAGGAACUUACAUGUACUAUAACACCUGUUCUUGCCUUUUCAUGUUAAGUAAUAUCCUUAAAAUGCAAAGGAAUGCCUUCUUGCUUUAAACACUAACUUAUUGCAUCAUGGACUCAUGGAGCCAAACCGUGUUGCACUGACGUCAAGUGCUUUCAUCGCUUCUCGGCUUCAGCCUAUGAUUUCUAGAUCGGCUUAAAGUAACUCCUUAGUUCAGCUUUACGUAGUUGAAACGAGGGCUUCCCUCUCCGCUGCAGCUGUUGUUUAGCGGACUGCUUAGAAUACUGAUAUUUUAAAGUGUAUGUUGCAUUUAAUGUAUGGCACCCGGCUGUGUAAGAACUCUUGUCUUUCUGCUUAAGCGGCCCAACAAACUGCCACUGAAGAGAAUGAAGGAUUGUGUUCGUCCCUCCAUUGUGUGUCAUUUUUAAAAUGCCAUGUUGCAUUGUUUUAAAGUAUUCCACCAGUGUUACUUCUUCUUUCUUUAUUCCCUUUUUUUUAAAUUGUCAGGGCAAUCUGCAACUUUAUUAAGAAGAAAAAAAAGGAAUUUCCCCUCUUUAACUUUGAAAUUUGUCUCUGGAAAUGGGACAAAGCACCCUUUCUAUUUGUAUUUCUGAUUAGUUUUGCUUCUUUUUCCUUAUUUAUUAGACACAUAAAAGGUUUUUGGUCUGCAUUAUUUAUUGUCUGUUACUUGUACACAGCUGGUUUUGAAAUAAACAAUCUUGCAAUUAA